AGUGUUGUGUGUGCACAUACUUUUGAAACACACUGUAUAAUGCUGAACGUCAUUUCAUUAUACUGCUCCAUAUCGCUUUCGGCGUUUCAACGCGUCGCGACGCUGGGCAUCGGUGGCUUUGGUCGCGUCGAGCUGGUGAGGGCUAACGGAAGAGUGUUCGCGUUGAAGGUGAUCAAUAAAAAGCAUGUCAUGGAUAUGAAACAAGAGAAACAUGUGUUGUCAGAGAGGGACAUCAUGCUUUCGAGUGAUUCCUCAUUCAUAGUGAAGCUCUACAAGACUUUCAAAGACAAAGAGAAGCUGUAUAUGCUCAUGGAACCGUGUCUUGGAGGUGAACUGUGGUCUUUGCUCAAAAGGAGAGGUCGAUUCGAGAACGAAGCGGCGCGUUUUUAUUGCGCAGCGGCACUUGAAGCACUCCAGUACCUUCACGAUAGGAAUAUUGUCUACCGGGAUUUGAAACCGGAAAAUAUAUUACUCGAUAAGAAUGGAUAUCCAAAACUGGUCGAUUUCGGUUUUGCGAAACGUUUAGGCACUGAAGGCCGCACGUGGACAUUUUGUGGUACAGCUGAAUACGUGCCACCAGAAACCGUUCUCAACAAAGGUCACGACACUUCAAUGGAUCUUUGGGCGUUGGGCAUACUGUUGUAUGAACUGCUUAGUGGAGCGCCACCAUUCUCAAAUUCUGAUCCUUUAGUAGUUUACAAUGCGAUUUUGGGAGGAUUCGGAAAAUGGGCAUGGCCGAGAUAUUUCACCAAGCAAGCGACCGAGUUAAUCCUAUCGUUGUGUAAGGAAGACCCAGACUUACGUCUGGGCUAUGGACAUCUCGACGACGUUCGUGGGCACCCGUGGUUUGAUGGAUUCGAUUUUGCAGAAUUUCGUCUCGGUAAAUUGAAAGCACCGAUAGUGCCGGUGAUUAACUCAGAUGUGGAUACGGGCAAUUUCGACACUGUUCCUUCAAGCGACUCAUUUGCUACGGGUUACGACGAGUCUGGCUGGGAUUUUGAAUUCUAA